GUCAGUAUUUUAACUCUCCCCUAGGACACUGAGUGCCCUUCAGUGCUCUACUGCUCAACACUUCACUUCUCCUUUAAUGCGGUGCUCAACAAUGGCUUUGAGAAUUAUGCUCCUCCUGUGUGUCCUGACUUCUUAUCAUGGAUUCAACUUGGAUGUGGAGGAGCCCAUGGUCUUUCAAGAGGAUGGAGCUGGCUUUGGACAGAGCGUGGCCCAGCUUGGCGGAUCUAGACUCGUGGUGGGAGCCCCCCUGGAGGUGGUGGCGGUCAACCAAACAGGAAGGUUGUAUGACUGUGUGGCUGCCACUGGCCUAUGUCAACCCAUACCCCUGCACACACCCCCAGAUGCUGUGAACAUGUCCCUGGGUCUGUCCCUGUCAGCCGCCGCCAGUCGCCCCUGGCUGCUGGCCUGUGGCCCAACCAUGCACAGAGCCUGUGGGGAGAAUAUGUAUGCAGAAGGCUUUUGCCUCCUGUUGGACUCCCAUCUGCAGACCAUUUGGACAGUACCUGCUGCCCUACCAGAGUGUCCAAGUCAAGAGAUGGACAUUGUCUUCCUGAUUGAUGGUUCUGGCAGCAUUUAUGAAAGUAGCUUCAAGCAGAUGAAGGACUUUGUGAGGGCUUUGAUGGGACAUUUUGAGGGCACCAACACCCUGUUCUCACUGAUACAGUACUCCCACCUCCUGAAGAUCCACUUCACCUUCACGCAAUUCCAGAACAGCUGGAACCCUCUGAGCCUAGUGGAUCCCAUUGUACAGCUGAAAGGCCUGACAUAUACAGCCACAGGCAUCCGGAAAGUGGUGGAGGAACUGUUUCAUAGUAAGAAUGGGGCCCGUAAAAGUGCCAAGAAGAUCCUCAUUGUCAUCACAGAUGGGCAGAAAUACAAAGACCCCCUGGAGUACAGCGACGUCAUCCCCCAGGCAGAGAGAGCUGGCAUCAUCCGCUAUGCCAUUGGGGUAUGUCCUCUUCCUCAUGUCUCCCUCGGACUCAGGCUGCACCUCACCAGGGAAGAAAGGCUGGCGGGCUCCUCCUCAGUGGCCUCUCUGCCACAGGUGGGAGAUGCUUUCUGGAAACCCAGUGCCAAGCAGGAGCUGGACAACAUUGGCUCAGAGCCGGCUCAGGACCAUGUGUUCAGGGUGGACAACUUUGCAGCACUCAGCAGCAUCCAGGAGCAGCUGCAGGAGAAGAUCUUUGCACUCGAAGGAACCCAGUCGACGACAAGUAGCUCUUUCCAACAUGAGAUGUCACAAGAAGGCUUCAGUUCAGUACUCACAAUGGAUGGACCAGUUCUGGGGGCUGUGGGGAGCUUCAGCUGGUCUGGAGGUGCCUUCCUGUACCCCCCAAAGACGAGCCCCACUUUCAUCAACAUGUCUCAAGAGAAUGUGGACAUGAGGGACUCUUACCUGGGUUACUCCACAGAGCUGGCCUUUUGGAAGGGAGUACAGAGCCUGAUCCUGGGGGCCCCCCGCCAUCAGCACACCGGGAAGGUUGUCAUCUUCACUCAGGCAUCCGAGCAAUGGAGGCCGAAGGCUGAAGUCUCAGGGACCCAGAUUGGCUCUUACUUUGGGGCCUCCCUCUGCACAGUGGAUGUGGAUAGAGAUGGCAACACUGACCUCGUCCUCAUCGGGGCUCCCCAUUACUACAAGCCGACCCAGGGGGGCCAGGUGUCUGUGUGCCCCUUGCCCCAGGGGAGGGCGAAGUGGCAGUGUGAGGUCAUUCUCCGUGGGGAGCAGGGCCACCCCUGGGGCCGUUUUGGGGCGGCCCUGACACUGCUGGGGGAUGUGAAUGGGGACAAGCUGACAGAUGUGGCCAUUGGAGCACCAGGAGAGCAGGAGAACCGAGGUGCUGUCUACCUAUUUCAUGGAACCUCAGGACUGGGCAUCAGCCCCUCCCACAGCCAGCGGAUUGCAGGCUCCCAGCUCUCCCCUACACUCCAGUACUUUGGGCAGUCGCUGAGUGGGGGUCAGGACCUUACCCACGAUGGACUGGUGGACCUGGCUGUGGGGGCCCAGGGACAGGUGCUGCUGCUCAGGAGUCAGCCGGUGUUGAAUGUGGGAGUGACCAUGAGAUUCUCGCCCUCGGAGGUGGCAAAGGCUGUGCACCAGUGCUGGGAAGAGGUGCCCUCCGCCCUGGAAGCUGGGAAUGCCACAGUCUGUUUCACUAUCCAGAAAAGCUCACUGGACCAGCUAGGUGAUGUGCAAAGCUCUGUCAGGUAUGAUCUGGCAUUAGACCCAGGCCGUCUGAUUUCUCGUGCCAUUUUUGAUGAGACCAAGAACUGGACUUUGACUCGAAGAAAAACCCUGGGGACGGGAGAUUACUGUGAAACCAUUAAGCUGCUUUUACCAGACUGUGUGGAGGACGUGGUGAGUCCCAUCACCCUACGCCUCAACUUCUCCUUGGUUGGGGAGCCCAUCCCCUCAGCUCAGAACCUUCGCCCUGUGCUGGCUGUGGGCUCACAGGACCCCUUCACUGCCUCUCUCCCCUUUGAAAAGAACUGUGGACAAGAUCACUUCUGCGAAGGGGACCUGAGUGUCAAUCUCAGCUUCUCAAGCCUGCAGACCCUGGUGGUAGGGAGCUCCUUAGAGCUCAAUGUGACAGUGACUCUGUGGAAUGAGGGUGAGGAUUCCUACAGGACUGUGAUCCACUUCUACUACCCAGCGGGGCUGUCCUAUCGAAGAGUGUUAGGAACCCAGCAACCCCAUCAGCGCCCACUGCGCUUGGCAUGUGAGGCUGUGCCCACUGGGAAUGAGGGCCUGAGGAGCAGCAGCUGUAGCAUCAACCAUCCCAUCUUCCAUGAGGGCACUAAGGGCAUCUUCAUAGUCACAUUUGAUGUUUCCUACAAGGCCACUCUGGGCAACAAGUUGCUCCUGAGGGCUAAUGCAAGCAGUGAGAAUAAUAAGCCUUCAACCAGCAAGACCACCUCUCAGCUGGAGCUCCCAGUGAAAUAUGCUGUCUACAUGGUGAUCAGCAGGCAGGAAGACUCUACCAAGUACUUCAACUUUUCAACUUCUGAUGAGAAGAGCAAGAAAGAAGCUGAGCAUCGGUAUCGUGUGAAUAAUCUGAGUCAGCGAGAUGUGGUCAUCAGCAUUAAUGUCUGGGUUCCUAUCCUGUUGAAUGGUGUGGCUGUGUGGCAUGUGGCUUUGCUGGACCACUCACAGAGUCUCACUUGUGUGUCGGAGAGGGAACCUCCUCAGGAUCCUGACUUCCUGACCCAGAUCCCAGGGAGUCUUGUAUUGAACUGCUCCAUUGCUGACUGCCUGAAGAUCCACUGUGACCUCCCCUCCUUUGGCAUCCAGGAGGAACUUGAGUUCACCCUGAAGGGCAACCUCAACUUUGGCUGGGUCAGCCAGACAUUGCAGAAGAAGGUAUUGGUCGUGAGUGUGGCUGAAAUCACGUUCAACAGAUCUGUGUAUUCUCAGCUUCCAGGACAAGAGGCAUUCUUGAGAGCUCAGAUGGAGACGGUACUGGAGAAGUAUGAGGUCUACAACCCCAUCCCCAUUAUUGCCGGAAGCUCUGUGGGAGGACUGCUGCUGUUGGCCCUCAUCACAGCCAUCUUAUACAAGGUUGGCUUCUUCAAACGUCAGUAUAAGGAAAUGAUGGCAGAAGCAAACGGACAGAUUGCCCCAGAAAAUGGGACAUCAGAUCCUCAAGUUGCCCAAUAAGAAUCUACCUUCUAUUGUCCAUUGGACCUGUUAUCCUCUGAGAGGUUUCCUGGCUCUCUUACUCCCAUCUAAGUCAGGCCUGCAGGGGGAGAAAUGUUCCAUGUGAGGGAGGCUAGGAUCAGGCUGCUUUCUCUCUCUCUGGGAGGAAGCAAUGUGUUCAUACAAAGUGCCUUGCCUGGGAAGGGCCAUUUGUCUCGUCAAGGCUGCAACUGGAAACUCCUGAAGGUGUCUGUCACCAUGACCCUGGAAGGACUUGAUUUGAAUUUCUACUUAGAAAUACACGAACAAUAGCCUCAGGCUCUAGUCUCUCUUCCUUCACUAACCACCAGUGAUAUUUCUAAAAUACAGUAUUAAAUAAGCCACAGUCUGAAUCUACCUUUAGUGGCUCCCUAUAAUUUGCAGGAUAAUAUCUGAACUCUCUAGCUUGAUGUUAGAAAUCCAGUGUCGCGGCAGCCCGGUGGCUCAGCGGUUUAGUGCCCCCCUUCAGUCCAGGGCCUGAUCCUGGAGACCUGGGAUCCAGUCCCAGGUCAGCCUCCCUACAUGGAGCCUGCUUCUCCCUCUGACUGUGUCUCUGCC